AUGGGGCAUAUCUGCUUUAACUUUGCAGGUGUUGGAGUCCUCGUGGCAGCAGGUAGGUGCAACGCGCUGCGAGCUGGUAUGCAGUACCACCGUGCGCUUCUGCACCAGUGGGUGCGUGCGCCUGCUGUGACACCGUACACGAGACGUGCUCUCGACACGUUUGUUCAGCGGCAAACGCAGGGUGUCGGUCUGGGAGUUACCAGGUUUGCGUGUAGGGUGCAGCGGGUGACGAUGAGCUCGAGCUCCGGACUGGAGCAGCAGCUGCGGGAACUGGUUGCCAGCCAGCCGGUGGUUGUUUUCUCCAAGAGCUGGUGUGGCUUCUGCGCCCAGGUGAAAAGUCUGAUGCAAGAACUUCAGGCACCUGCUCAAAUCAUAGAACUUGACGAGCUUGGGAACGAUGGCAUAGAGAUACAGAACCUCUUAUAUGGCUGGACUGGGCAACGAACGGUUCCGAACGUCUUCAUCGGUGGUAAGCACAUUGGCGGUUGUUCGGAGACGAUGGAGGCAUACGAGCGCGGAGAGCUGGUAACGUUGAUAAAAGAAGCAAAGCGCAAAUCUGAGGUGCAAUAG